AUGCCCGCCACGACGAAGAAGACGGCCACCACCGUCACCGGUGCGGCAGUUUCCAACGAUGUACUUGAGGGUCUUCCGAGCGAGGAGGAGCUCGCGGCCAAGUGCCUUGAGCUGGGACUUGCCAUUCAUCAGCCCGACACUUACGAAAUCACCCAUCCUGCCUUGUCCCUGCGUCCCUUCCCCAUGAAGGCGGAUGUGCUGCGCCAGUUGUACGACCGCCAGCUCCUGUGGAACGAGGCAAUCAACCGCACGUCGCGUAACUUCGAGUUCUUGCGUGACUCCAUGAAGUCGACGGCAGAGAGCGAUCGCAGUUUCACCGGCCGGCUGCUUGCCAUCCUGGAGAAGGUGUACAUGACCACCCCCGUCGGGGCGAAGGCCCCGGUGUACCAGCCAUUUAUGCUGGGCAUCCUUCGCACCGACUACAUGAGCUCCGUCGACCCCGAGAGCGGCAGCCACCUUUCCUCCACCGAGGUCUCGGCCGCGGCUGCAGCAGGGACGGCACGACAAUGGAAGAACAUCGAGAUUAACACCAUCAGUUGCUCAUUCGCCGGCAUCUCCCCGCUGGUGCAUAAAUUUCACGCGUACCUUCACAAGUUCCGCGAGGCCUUCAUGAACGUUGGCGAUGCGGCGGUGGUCGAGAGCACUAAAGCGGCUUCGCUCGCCACGCCGUCCGUCGUCGCCGCAUCGCCGCGGCAACGUGAGUCUGCGUAUGUGACAGACGAAAAACACAACUCGACGGUGCAGGUGUCGGCGGCUCUUGCCGAAGCAGUUGCUGUUUGGCGCAACGCCGUGCCCUAUUCGAGCUUCCUUCGCCAGUAUCAUCAGCGCACGGGUGUCUUGCUGAAGCCGAUUGUGCUCGCCGUAGUGCAGGAAAACGAGCUUAACACGGCUGAUCAGUACAGGCUGCUGCUGGAGCUGCUUGAAACGCAUGGCGUGCUAAGUCUGCGACGCACGCUCGCGCAGUUGCAUGAGACGAUGCGGCUGGAGCACGCCACCCUUUGUGGCAACGAACGCGAUCGCAGCACGGAGACGGAGGAGGUCUUGAGCGAGCAGCUGCUGCCGCCCUUCGCCGUGGUAGACGAGAAGUACGUUGUAGCGGUGGCCUACUUCCGCAGCACCUACGUGCCGAAGGACUUGCCGACGGAAACGGCGUGGCAGACGCGAGAGCAGAUCGAGGAGUCCAACGCGGUGAAGUGCCCGAGCGUUCCGUACCACCUGAUGACCUUUAAAAAGAUGCAGCAGCUCAUGUCGAACGUGUCGGAGGUGCUGGCGCCGGUGAGCUUCGCUGGCAACCAGCAGAAGGCAGCCGCCCUGGCGGAGCACUUUGCUCCGCAGUACUCGCUGAAUAGCGAUGAGUACGCGCGGCUUGCAGCGAACCGGCAGCGCAUCGACGAGGGCAAGGUGAUCAGCGACCCGGAGUACUGGAUCGCCGACGCGGUGUUGCACCCGGAGCAGUAUGUGCUAAAGCCUCAGCUGGAGGGAGGUGGCAACCUCAUCGCCGGAGAGCCCAUGCAGCGCAUGCUGCGUGAUGUGACGAGCGACGACCCGCUCUACCAGAAGAUCCGGCGCGAGUACAUCUUGAUGCGCAAAAUCGACUACCCCGUUGCGACCGGUGUCUUCUUCCAGAAAAAUAGCAUCCACGUGGAGAAGAAUGCAUGCUCGGAGGUCGGCAUCUUCGGCGUCAUCUUGUCAUCUGACGCAAACGGGUACAUCAUGAACCAAGCCGCCGGCACCUUGGUGCGGACGAAGCCGGCGGAUGCCGCGGACGGCGGCGUGAUAGCUGGCGUAGCGGCCUUGGACAGCGUGCAGAUAAUCAGUUAG